UCCAUCCUGUUGCUGAUUUACAUCAUGGUCCUGGGAGGAAACAGCAUCAUCAUCUAUGUGGCACUGACGGAUCCAAAGCUCAACUCUCCACUCUACUUCUUCCUCUGCAACCUCUCCUUUGUGGACAUGGUCUACACCACAACCACCAUCCCCAACAUGCUAUCUGGCUUACUGACAGAUAUCUUAACCAUCUCUGUCCUGGGCUGCUUCCUCCAGAUGUACUUCUUCAUUCAGUUAACUGUUACAGGCCGUGCCAUUCUCACAGUCAUGGCAUACGAUCGCUACGUGGCGAUCUGCAACCCUCUGCAAUACAACAGCAUCAUGACCAGGCCUGUCCGACUGCUACUUGUUGCAGGAGCCUGGGGAUUCGGUGCAAUUUGCACUCUUCCUGUUACUGUGAUUGCCUUUGAGAGGCCUUACUGUGGCCCAAAUGUGGUGAAACAUGCCUGGUGCGACCCAUCUUCUGUAAGGCGGCUUGUGUGCAGUGACACCUCUUUGGAUAACAUUGUGUCUCUCUUAUUUGCAAUGGUGUCGCUGGUGACCACAAGUGUCUUCAUACUCUCCUCCUACAUCUUGAUUGGUUUUUCCAUAUCCAGGAUGGUUGUUGCUCAGAGGCUGAAGGCGCUCAGAACAUGUUCUGCCCACCUGACUGUGGUGUCCAUCUCUUAUGCAGCAGCCUCAUUUGUAUACAUUUCCUACCGAGUGGGAAACUUUUCAUCAGAGGUGCGGAUCAUUGUGUCUGUGCUGUACUCUGCUCUGACUCCCUUCCUGAACCCGAUGAUCUACAGUCUGAGGAACAAAGAGCUGCGAGAGUCUAUCAGAAGAACUUUUUGCCGUUGCAUAAUAAGAUCACAAAUUUCAACAAAGUUCAACUGA